AUGGAUAAUAGAGGUCGCCCAUCAUCGAUGAAUAAAAGAGAUCGCAUAUCGUCGAUGGAUAAUAGAGGUCGCAAAUCAUCGAUGAAGAAUAGAGGUCGCACAUCAUCGAUGGAUAAAAGAGAUCGCAUAUCGUCGAUGGAUAAUAGAGGUCGCAAAUCAUCGAUGAAGAAUAGAGGUCGCCCAUCAUCGAUGGGGAAUAGAAUUCGGACAUCAUCGAUGGAUAAUAGAGGACGCAAAUCAUCGAUGGAUAAUGGUGGUCGCACAUCAUCGAUGGAUAAAAGAGGUCGCAAAUCAUCGAUGGAUAAUAGAGGUCGCAAAUCAUCGAUGGAUAACAGAGGUCGCACAUCAUCGAUGGAUGAUAGAGGUCGCAAAUCAUCGAUGGAUAGUAGAGGUCUUAAAUCAUCAAUGGAUAAUAGAGGUCGCAAAUCAUCGAUGGAGAAUAGAGUUCGCACAUCAUCAAUGCAUACUAGAGGUCGCAAAUCAUCGGUGGAUACUAGAGGUCGCAAAUCAUCGGUAGAUACUAGAGAUCGCACAUCAUCGAUGGAUAAUAGAGGUCGCCCAUCAUCGAUGGAGAAUAGGGAUCGCAAAUCAUCAAUGGAUAUUAGAAGUCACAAAUCAUCGAUGGAGAAUAGAGGUCUCAAAACAUCGAUGGAUAAUAGAGGUCGCAAAUCAUCAAUGGAUAAGAGAAAUCGCGAAUCAUCGAGUGAUAAUAGAGGUCGCAAAUCAUCAAUGGAUAAUAGAGGUCGCAAAUCAUCGAGUGAAAUUAGAGGUCGCAAAUCAUCGGUGGAUAAUAGAGGUCGGACAUCAUCGAUGGAAAGUAGAGGUCGCACAUCAGCGAUUGAGAAAAGAGGUCGCAAAUCAUCGAUGGAUAAUAGAGGUCGUAAAUUAUCGAUGGAUAAUAGAAGUCACACAUCAUCGAUGGAUGAAAGAGGUCGCACAGCAACGAUGGCAAAUAGUGGUCGCAAAUUAUCGAUGGAUAAUAGAGGUCGAAAAUUAUCGAUGGUUAAUAGAGGUCGCAAAUUAUCGGUGAAUAAUAGAGGUCACAAAUCCCUGAUUGAUAAUAGAGGUCGCACAUCAUCGAUGGAGAAUAGAGGUCGAAAAUCAUCGGUGGAUACUAGAGGUCGCCCAUCAUCGAUGGAUAAUAGAGGUCUCCCAUCAUCGAUGGAGAAUAGAGGUCGCCCAUCAUCCAUGAAUAAUAGAGGUCGCCCAUCAUCGAUGGAUAAUAGAGGUCGCAAAUAUCGGUGGAGAAUAAAAGUCGCAAAUCAUCGAUGGAUAAUAGAGGUCGCAAAUCAUCGAUGGAUAAUAGAGGUCUUCCAUCAUCGAUGGAUAAUAGAGGUCACUAAUCAUCGAUGGAGAAUGGAGGUUGCCCAUCAUCGAUGGAGAAUUGAGGUCUCAAAUCAUGGAUUUAUAAUAGAGGUCCCAAAUCAUCGAUGGAUAAUAGAGGACGCAAAUCAUCGAUAG